AUGAGACUGUGUAACCUUAAGAAAGAUGCAAAGACGAACAUCCAUGCUAUUAUUGACAAGUUAGCAGAGAGAGGUCUUCGUUCUCUUGCUGUUUCUAGACAAUUGGGAGGGUCAAACUUUUGCAUUCUUCGGGAUGACAAGCAGUUCUUUGUUGACCAUCCUGGUGCUGUGCCCAUUACCACUGCUCAGGGAGAAGAGCUUAGGAAGCUGAUCAAUGCACCUGCUUAUAUUGAAUGCAGUUCUAAAUCACAGCAGAAUGUGAAAGCAGUCUUUGAUGCAGCCAUAAGAGUUGUCCUUCAACCACCAAAGCAAAAGAAAAAGAAGAGUAAAGCACAAAAGGCAUGUUCGAUAUUGUGA